CCCCGUAAUUUCGUGCAAGUUUUGAGAGGCGCGGAAAUAAGCCCAUGAAGAAGAUAAUGAACUGCCAACGACCGUUAUCCGCUUAUCUGCCUGCAGCUAUUGCAGCGCUGAGCCUGAGCCUGCCUGGCUCGCACCUUUCUCCAGAGACAUUCCGGCAAGCCAAGUUCGAUCAACCUCAGGUGAGUUUAACAUUCUGGGAGCUACUAUAUCAUCUCCUGAAUCAUAUCCAUGGUGGAGGACUGAUAAAGUCUGCUGAUACAGGCACCCAAGUCAGAUUUGUCAAAUAUGCAGCCUUGAGCUACGGAUAUAGAAGGCUAAAAUUUUAUCAGCUUCCUGCUGAUGGUUCAAAAGCGAGCAGAGAACUGCUAUUGGCACUUUCUUGGUUCCUUUGCAGAAUAGCUCUAAUGGAAAAGUUAUUGAUACUAAACAGAUUUAAACUUUGGGAUCAAGCAACAGUAUGCAUGUGCAAUGCUCCUCUAAAAUGUUUGCAAGAUGGAAAAAGCCUUGUUUCUAAACCUCACAUUAAAGGCCAGAAAGAUGUCCAAUAUCUUCAGUGGUUGAAUGGCCAUCUGAAACUCCAGUGGCGGAGUUACCACUCUGACCAGGAAGAGCGAUGCAAGUUACUGCAUAAGGUACAUACCUACACAAUAGGUUCUCAUACUGACCCUGUUAUUGACCAUUUCUCAGUCCUAGAAGUUGAUGUUGGAAGACAACCAGAAAGAUAUAAGCAGUUGCUGAAUUUUGUGGAAUCUGAUUGCUCCCAUCUAGAAGCAUUUUUGAAGUGGAAGCCUAUGGAAUCCCUUUAUUGGCAUUGGAUGGAGACUGUUUUGAAUAUGGUAACAGAAGAUACCCAGAACCACACUAUGUGUUACAAGGACUGUUUUUUGCCAGGUACUGACUUGGGAUGCCAUAAUGUUAGCAGAAUUAUGGAAGAACUCGACAAAUGUAAGAAAGAUCUUCUGAGUCUGUACCAGGAGUUACAUGAGCAUAGAACCCUCAAGAAACUGGCUUGCUAUGGAGAGGUCAGAACAAGGCAAGAAAAAAAAGGAGAGGAAGAUUUUUGCAUGGCUGUAAGAAAAGUACAAGAAAUUGUGGAGCUGAAAUUCUCUGACCUUAAGUGCAAUAAUAGUACCUGUGGAAGCAAUAAAUUGCACGGUCCAUAUAGACUAGUUUAUAAAAAAAAAUGUUUAAAGGAAACUAAAAUGGAUACUAUUAGAACAGCAGCAUCUACCAAGGCCAUUAGAGAAGGAAUCACUGCCACUGAUGUGAUCAGUUUUCUGAAAAAGAAAGAGGCAAGACUGAAGGCACAUCUAAAGCAGCGACAAGAGGGAGAUAGGCAGAAGAUUCAUAAAGUGGCAAAGAAACUUGGUCAAGUGCUUUUCAUCCCACCAAUGAAAACACAAAAAGCAAGAAUAAGUGCAGAAAUUGACAAAGUUCACCACAUUUGAAAGAACAUUUUGAGAUUGCUUCAAAUUGCUUCACCCAUUUUUGACAUUUAUUUCUGCCUUCUGAAUGCAGCUGCUGGUCCUUUAGGCUUACUAUGCACCCUCUCAUUUUCAAAAGGAUAAUAUCUUUUAAGUGUGCUACAUAUUACCUCAGGGCUAUUAAUGAACAGGAGGCUAAUAUUAAUGUCUUUUAAAAUUAUUUUUAUCUCAGGUAUGUGUUGGUGCCCAGUUUCAGUUUAGCUAGAAUAGAUUUCAACACCACACUACACUAAACUCUCAUACUAAAUAUUUGAACAAGAGGUGUAUGAGAAUGCUGUAUAUUUAGUACCAUCUUCAAUAAAGAUUUUGAUUAAGUAUUACUUGACAUGCUGAUUAUCAAGCUUGCUAAAUGUUGGCUGAGUGGCAUGACAAUUGAUAUUUUAAUUAAUCAUUUGAAUGCAAAAGUGGAAAGAUCCUUAUCAAAUGUUCAGAUGUAAUUGAGUAGGGUAGCUAGAAAGCAGAAAUAGAAUUCAAAAAAAUCUCACUAUGCUGGACAAAUGGCAUGAAAUUAACAAAUUCAGCAUAGACAUGUUCAAAGUUCUUCCUCUGGAAAACCAUCACUGAAUGCUUAAAAUAUGGGAUAGAGCAGUUGUUCUCAACCUUUUCUUCAUCAUGGACUCCCUUUAAAUACCUUUUGUGGCCACGGACAAUGGCCACGGACCACUAAGACCUAACUCAAGAUUUAAAUCAUAACUUUUCUUCACAGCUUGCCCUGUGAUGAUAUUGUGAUCUUCCAAAGGUCCGCAGACCACAGGUUGAGAAUCAUUGGGAUGGAGGAUACCUGACCUGGUAUUAAUAUUUGUUUUUAAAAAAACCCUCUUAGAAUAGUACUGAUUCCAAAUAGGAAUUUCUUGUAGCUGAAAGAAUGCAAAUGCAAUUUAGGGGUGUAUCAAAUCAGGCAUAUUUUUUUAAUCAUAUGAAGCAAUCAUUUCACUCUAUUCUGCUUUGGCCAGACCACUGUCCAGUUCUGGGCCCAGAAGAAUUCAGAGAAAUUGUAAUACUUUAAAUUAGGAUAAUGAAAUGUAUAAAAGAAUUAGAAACUACAUCUUAGGAAGAGACGGUUGGUCUUCACUGAUAACUGAUCAAGGUAUGAUAACACUCUUCUGAUACUUGCAUAGAAGCUCAAGGCCUAUUCUCAAUCCAGACUGCAGGAUAUAAAAUAAUGAUUUUAAAUUUCAGAACUGAUUGAAUGUUAGUAAAAACUUCCUAACAGUGGGAUCAUUCAAUAGUGGAACCAAUUACUGAGAAGCAGUGUGCUUCUUUUUAUGUGAUUAUGUGUUCAAGCAGAGACUACACAACCACCUGCCAAGGACACGUUAAUGUGACAACUUGCGCUGAGCAGGGAGUAUGAUCUGAUGAACAAAAUCAAUUGCCCCAUCUAUUUUUUGUGUCUAAAAGCAUUGAAAUUACUUAUUUUAAGCCUUAGGCAUAAACAAUAGCACAUCUGGUAUUCUGUGAUCACUUAAAAUAUAUCUUUAAAGAAAGAUAUGUAAAGAAAAUCCAUUUUGAGACACCUUUCCUGCAACCUAUAUGAAGAUUUUUUUUCACAAAGCUGUUUGCUUUUUUCAGUAUAACAUUUCAAUAAGAAGUAGAUUUUUUAAAAAGCAGCUAAAGCUUCACAAAUAGGCAUGGAAGAUUUCAUAGACCCAAGAAUUCUCCCUCAGGCUAUUAUGGUUAAAAUUCUAGGGACAAAAUGGAGAAGUGAAAAGAAAAAUUCAUGUUAUUAAAUGACUUCUACUCUCAAAUUUUAGAGUUAUAGCAAAUUCAAUCCUGUCAUGUAUAAUAUAUAGCACAUAGGUUACACAAAAUAUUGUUGGGGGAUAAUGUUUUGCUUGGGUCGACUUAGUGACCUGUAGUUAGUAUGUGUCUCACGAUGGCUGAGGAGGGCAUUUUAUGGCCAUGAUUUGCUAUUGCUGUUGGAUUACUCAGAGCUGUCUGGACCCAUUUUGGAAAAUGCUCCUUCAUUCUGAAAGCCAAACACCUAUCAGUUCUGCCGAUGUAAUUGUCUCUGCAAUUGCACACAAAUUGGUAAAUACAAUGGGCUUUGGCGCUGAUAGGUUGUGCUUUCUUAAUUAAUGGUAACGGUAGCUUCUGGGUUUGAUGCAGUACAUGAAGCUCACCAUACUGAAUGUUGUUUCAGUUAAGGUAUUUAAGCAUUGAGUCAUCAGGCAUGUUGAUCCCCCUUAAAUGGCAGCUCAAUAAAAACUUCAUUUUUACUGACAGUUGGAACUGCUGGCUUUUGGUCUUUUAUUUUACUGUGUCUAUCAAUGAAAUGAGUUGGAAUAGCCAUUUAAACAGGGUUUGGGUUAGGAAUUCUAAUUCUUCCUUUAAGCAGUCCUCAGUGCAUAUUUAAUAUGCUUAUAUAAACAGUAUCCAUACCAGCACAUGUUUAUAUUUAAUUGGUGCAAAGCUUGAAAAAUUCAGAUACUGGCCAGAUCAUGUCAAUUUCCUGUAUACGUUCUUUUAAUGGAACCAUAACACCUUUGGAUGAUCAAUAUGUCCAGAAAGGGUAAAUGUUCAU